GCUGCACCGGCUGUUGUGACGCCAGGAGGUUUUAGUGCUCAGCGUCUGCUCGUAUCGAUUACUUUACCGAGAAACUUCAGUGGCUGAUUAAAACAAUCAUUUGGAGCGAAGCCAGUCCACUCUGAAACAUUUGGUCGACAUCAGGGGACAUGGCUACCAGAGGGCAGCAUGUUUCCUUGUGGCUGGCUUUAACAAUCCUCGCAAUGUCGGUUUUCUGUAUGGUGUGCGCGACAGAUUACGAUGAGGUCGCAGAGCAAACUGACAGCUACAUUCCAAUAAAGAGAAACGUCGCUUACUGGGCACGAAGCGGCAACCGCAAGUUCUUCUUCCGUCCACGAGGAGAAGACAAAAGGAAUGUCGCAUGGCUUGCCAGAACAGGAGGUCGAAACACUGCUCUUUUCCCUGCUGCAAAUAAGCGGUUUGAUGGAGACUUUGAUGGCGUCGGUGAAGAAAUCGACAGUUUUGUGGAGCCAGAGGAAGAUUACAACGUUGAAGAUGACUCUGAUCCAUACGCGAUGGAUAAGCGAAACAUCGCUUCUCUCGUCAAUAGCAAAACUAUACCAUCAUUCAUGCAGGGCUAUAAGCGGCAUAUCGGUCCGGCUCUGCGCUUCAGGGGACAGUCGGGUGGAAAAUAUCAAACUUAUGAUAGACCUGACAAACGAUAUUUAGCAUCGCUCCUGAAAUCAGAAAACCUCCCCCAGUAUUAUGCAAGGAUGAAUCGAAUGAAUUACUACGGUGAUGCCCCUUCCAAACGAUUUUUCAGUUCACUUCUUGAAAACGAUUACGGUGCGCCUGGUGAAGGGUAUGAAAAAAGGAAUGUUGCUUCCUUACUUAAGAGUGAUUCAUUCAAAGGCAAACGUCCGUUUUCUUCCCUGUUGAAGAGUCAAAGUGGUAUUGGAAUAGCAGGCAAGAGGUCGUUUUCUUCAAUCCUGGAUGACUCAAAAAGCGAUACAAAACGGUUUGUGGCUUCGCUUCUAAAAUCAUCCGCUUUAAGGGACUCAGAUCUCGGGCCCAGCAGCAACGUUUUGGGAUCAAUCUUAGAUAGGCAAGGCAAUGACUUCGAUAAAAGAAGCUACGCCUCUCUCAUUAAUCGAUACAGUCCAUACUCUCAGGGACGUCACAUCACCAAACGCCAUGCUGGAUCGUUGGAUGAUCAACAGUUUUACGACGUAGACGACGCAAACAGCGAUGCUGAUGAAUACGAGAAGCGUUCUGUUGGAUCCGUCAUGAAGAGUUUCAGUUUCAAAACACCAGGAAAGAAACACAUUGGGUCUGCUCUUCGAGGUAAAGUAAACAAGCGAGAACCAAAUUAUGAUCAGACUACCAGCGAAGAAGAAAAUCAACUGGAUGAACUGCAGAAAAGGUACUUGGGUUCCUUGCUGGAUACAAAUGCACAUGGAAAUCUGUACAGUUCUUUUCCUGGAAAACGACAUUUCUCUUCAUUGCUAGGCAGUUCCAGGAUGAGGUCUCUGUAUCAGGAUGAACCCUUUGAGGAAAAUGAAACAAAAAGACACAUUGGAUCAUUGCUGGGGUCUCGUACAAUUGAAGGCAAACGUUUUCUUGGUUCGCUGAAAAAUUCUGAAACACCUUUUCUUGGUAAUUCCGGGAUCAAGCGAUUUUUAGGAUCGGCCAUUAACUCAAGGCUUGCAUUCAAAAUUGGAAACAAUGGAUUUCGCGGUUCAGCGAUAGGCUCGCGCCGGAACUUCGGGAAUGGAGGACCGGGAUCCUCCUGGGCAGAGGAACCGAAUCACGACACUGAAAAACGUUUCGUAGAAUCCAUCAUUCAGUCGGGCACUGACAAUAAGAAUGAAGACAAGCGAUUCUAUGCGUCGCUUGUAGAUAAUUCCAAAAAUACUGACAUGGGCAGCAAAUCUGACGGUAGCGCUGAUAAGCGUUUCCUUGGUUCUGCGCUUAAUUUCAAGAGCCCUUCUGCUGGUGAAAUGAGGACCAAGCGUAAUGCUUCAGAGGCUGAAAAUGAAGACGAAUACGGCAAUGAUGACCAUGGAGGACGACACAAACGAUCACUCGAGUAUUAUGAUGACGAUGACAUUCUUCCCAUCUCCGCUGGCAUAAAUUUUGCACCAGACUUCGAGAAGGCGGGAGGCAUGGACUUCGUUGGAGGAUCGGAGGAGGACAUGCCAGUUAAGAAAUUCUUGCCUGCACGUCUGGCCCGCCUGAACUGGUUCCCAGAGUUCUACUACAACGGCUACAACAUGUAAAUCAGCCUCCACUCUCCUACAACGGCUACAACAUGUAAAUCAGCCUCCACUCUCCUACAUCGGCUACAACAUGUAAAGCUGCCUCCACUCUACGCCUGUUGAGAGUCCUCACAAAGCGGUCUGACGUAAGGAAUAACUGAUGCAAAGCUAAAUUUUUUAUCGCCAUUAAUAUUGCGGCAGGGCAUUCGAUUUUGCCAAAGAUAAAAUUAUGGUAAUCUUCGCUAAUUGCAUGAAUCAUUUUAUGAUGACAUUUUUAGACUCUACUAUCCCUUAUUUGAUUUGAACCUUGUGAAAUUGAACCAAAGAUCUCUUAAAUUUUUUGCUAGUUGAGUACAAAAAUGAAGACAUUAGUUACGAAUUUUAAUGUCCAAAUAGAUUCUGUUGCAGAUGUUCAGGCAACAUAUGUUGCACAAGGACACGUUGCUGACGUUUUUGAUUGUAAAAUACUGGCGCUAAUCUUGUGUCAUUUGUCUCGGUGUUACCGUGAAGGCCGCGCCCGCGGAGGCGUAGCCGUAAUUGGCCCAAUUGCAGCCCUUCACGAUGUUGAUGGUCAUUCUUGUACGGCAAGUUAGAGCAGCAAAUUAUUGAAGUAGAGACGCUCUGCCGCUUUGCAACUGCACAAUUUCCUGAAAAAGCAGUGCUUAAGCAUUCAUUUAUUGGGAUUAGGCACAGAGUUAUGACCGGAUAUUAGGUCAAAAUUAUGAGCACAUUUGUAUUGUGCAUUCAGUUUCUUAUUCAACUUCAUAGCUCAUGGCUUGUGAAAGAAAAUAUUGCAUAAAAUUAGCAUAUAUAUUAUAGAUUUUUCUAAAAUUAGGUUGAUGUCGGCCUAAAGCAAUUUUCAAGAUCUUAUUGUAUAGUCAAAUUCAUACAAUUGAUGUGGAUUGUGAGUAAAAAACAUUUUAACAACCAUUGUCUUCCAUGACAGUCUUGCCAGAAGUACGAUAAGCGCACGUAGUCAGUUCGCUCGCGGAUUUCUCAUAUGUAGUUGCACUUAUUCGUAUAAUGCAGUUACCACUAAUUAAUACACCCACAUUUUUGUAAAAUAAUCUUUGAUUAAAUAGAUAAGUAGUCAAUCUUCUGAUAUAGUGAGCAUUUUCUGUUGCAGCACAGUUGCAUAAAAUACGAUGGUAAUGAUUAUACAUUAUCACGAAUAAACAGUUGACGGAUUUGAUCCUGAUUAUGGAAAGUGUAAAUGCUGACAAGUUCCACAUGUACCAACAAUUACAAUAUAAUCCUAAUGUCUUUGAUAGACCCUUUGUAUAAGGGAACCUAUACUCAUUUUUGUGAUGAAAUUCUCUUACCUGGCAACUUUUGUGUAGGUUCAGAAACGGUCGUUGUUUAGAAUGUGAUGCUAGGUAGCUUCAUUUUCUCAAGUCAAGGGGUGGUGUUUGCGACUGUUAAAAAAAGAUUUGAAGAAAAUAUCGGACCGCAUCUAAAUAUUACAAGUUUCUGGGAAAUCUGCAUAAAGCUUCCAAAUCAUACAAGAAAAUGUCGGCGAUGAUCCAUUGUCUCUAUGCUUCCCGGUCUUGAGGAUUUGAAGUAACGAAGUUAGAACACAGUCAACAGUUAACCCCAUAAAAAUGUAUGCGAAAAUAAUCUAUAGAUGUUAGUUAGACUUAUGAUUGUAAGCCCUAUAAAUGUCUUCCAUCUUCAGAUGUUCUAAGAAUUCAUUAAUAUACAUAAUCAGAUUAUAAUUUGAAUAUAUAUACUAAUCGUGUCGUGUGUAAAUUGUGGUUGAUAAUGAAUCAUUCAAUGUUUAAGUCAAUUGAAGAAACGACAAAAUCUACUACGCUGCAUAAUUCUGACUAUGAUAGUUAGAUUUUAAAUUAGUUAGUAGUUAGUUUGACAGCGUCUCUUUCAAUUGUACCUUCUUUCAUUUUAUUUCAUGCUUGAAGUUUCUUAUUUUAAACUAUAAUUGUUUAGUAAUUGUCAUGUGCAGUGAUACUACGGAAGUUGACGUUAUGUGUUCCGAGAAGCUUCGAUUUCGGAAUCCAAUUAUCCAAUUGGGAUGUGUCCACAAAAUCGCAUGAACUACGUAAUAGAAUAAAGCUGCGGACUAACGCCAUCUUGCGACGAAUGAGCAUAAGAUAGCAACGUUUUUAUGAUGAUCCCGUGAGGCGGGUAUGCUUCAGAGUCAUGAUAUUAUUUUAAUUUUAUGUCUGCUUCCAAUUAUGUAUCGAAUACGGGCGACUUCUGGGGUUCAUCUGUAAAUUGUUUCACAAAUUUCUCACUCUGAAUUUAGGCUAUUUCCUUAUCACGUUGAAAGUAUUGAACAUCGUGUAAAAUGUUCAAUUAAGCAGGACCUCAAAUGUGACUGUAAAUAUUUCAUUUAAAACACGUAUACAUUUUUACGAACCCUCGAUUUAAAAACGCAUUAGUUUUCUCCGUGUUAAUUCUAUAUUGCAUUUGCAGUCCCCAGGAGAAGAUGGACGAAAAUUUAUGUUGAAGGGCUUGUCGUCACUACAUGUGCUCGGUGUAAUCCGUAAUCCUUAUGUGUAUAAAUCAAUUAAAACCCUAAUUCAAUGCUCCCUUACAGAGGGAUCAGCAUUCUUAAAUAUCUAUGUAGCCGUCAGAACGGCAUGUCAUGGCAUAAGACAAUUCGUUAUCAAUAUGUAUCAGAAAUAAAUUUUAUCUGCAGUA